GCGAGCCGACCCCAGCGCCUUUCCCCUGCCGUCGCCGCUCCCACCGCGGUCGCCUCCGACGCUCCAGCCUCGGGACCGCCACACAAAAGCCGCCCUCUCCGCGUCGCCCACCCCGGGAGGCUGCAGCCGGCCACCGACCCCACCUGAGGGCGCCUCGGGCUGCGGACUUCGCUCUCUGUCCGAGCUCCGCGUCCCACGCGGGCACCAACCCCGCCGCCCAUGGCUCUGAUCAUGGAACCAGUGAGCAAAUGGUCUCCGAGUCAAGUAGUGGACUGGAUGAAAGGUCUUGAUGACUGUUUGCAGCAGUAUAUUAAGAACUUUGAGAGGGAGAAGAUCAGUGGAGAUCAGCUGCUACGCAUCACACAUCAGGAACUAGAAGAUCUGGGCGUCAGCCGUAUUGGCCAUCAGGAGCUGAUCUUGGAGGCAGUUGACCUUCUGUGUGCACUGAAUUAUGGCUUAGAAACAGAAAAUCUAAAAACCCUUUCCCACAAGUUGAAUGCAUCUGCCAAAAAUCUACAGAACUUCAUAACAGGAAGGAGAAGGAGUGGCCAUUAUGAUGGGAGGACCAGCAGAAAACUGCCGAAUGACUUUCUGACCUCAGUUGUGGAUCUGAUUGGAGCAGCCAAGAGUCUCCUUGCUUGGUUGGACAGGUCACCAUUUGCUGCUGUGACAGACUAUUCAGUCACAAGAAAUAACGUCAUACAACUCUGCUUGGAACUAACAACAAUCGUACAACAGGAUUGCACAGUAUAUGAAACUGAGAAUAAAAUUCUUCAUGUGUGUAAAACUCUUUCUGGAGUCUGUGACCACAUCAUAUCUCUGUCAUCAGAUCCUCUGGUUUCCCAGUCUGCUCACCUGGAAGUGAUUCAGCUGGCAAAUAUUAAACCAAGUGAAGGACUGGGAAUGUACAUUAAAUCUACGUAUGAUGGCCUCCAUGUAAUUACUGGAACCACAGAAAAUUCACCUGCAGAUCGAUGCAAGAAAAUCCAUGCUGGUGAUGAAGUGAUUCAAGUUAAUCAUCAGACUGUGGUGGGGUGGCAGUUGAAAAAUUUGGUGAAUGCACUACGAGAGGACCCGAGUGGUGUUAUCUUAACUUUGAAAAAGCGACCUCAGAGCAUGCUUACCUCAGCACCAGCUUUACUGAAAAAUAUGAGAUGGAAGCCCCUUGCUCUGCAGCCUCUUAUACCUAGAAGUCCCACAAGCAGCGUUGCUACGCCCUCCAGCACCAUCAGUACACCCACCAAAAGAGACAGUUCUGCCCUCCAGGAUCUCUACAUUCCCCCACCUCCUGCAGAACCAUAUAUUCCCAGGGAUGAAAAGGGAAACCUUCCUUGUGAAGAUCUCAGAGGACAUAUGGUGGGCAAGCCAGUUCAUAAGGGAUCUGAAUCCCCAAACUCAUUUCUGGAUCAGGAAUAUCGAAAGAGGUUUAACAUUGUGGAAGAAGAUACUGUCUUAUAUUGCUAUGAAUAUGAAAAAGGAAGAUCAAGUAGUCAAGGAAGACGAGAAAGCACACCGACCUAUGGCAAGCUACGACCUAUAUCUAUGCCAGUCGAAUAUAAUUGGGUGGGGGACUAUGAAGAUCCAAAUAAGAUGAAGAGAGAUAGUAGAAGAGAAAACUCUCUACUUCGAUAUAUGAGCAAUGAAAAAAUUGCUCAAGAAGAAUACAUGUUUCAGAGAAACAGCAAAAAAGACACAGGGAAGAAGUCAAAAAAGAAGGGUGAUAAGAGUAAUAGCCCAACUCACUACUCAUUGCUACCUAGUUUGCAAAUGGAUGCUUUGAGACAGGACAUCAUGGGCACACCAGUGCCAGAGACCACACUGUACCAUACAUUUCAGCAGUCCUCUCUGCAGCACAAAUCAAAGAAGAAAAACAAAGGAGCUAUAGCAGGCAAGAGCAAAAGACGAAUUUCUUGCAAGGAUCUUGGUCGUGGUGACUGUGAGGGAUGGCUUUGGAAAAAGAAAGAUGCAAAGAGCUAUUUUUCGCAGAAAUGGAAGAAGUACUGGUUUGUCCUAAAAGAUGCAUCCCUAUACUGGUAUAUUAAUGAAGAGGAUGAAAAAGCAGAAGGAUUCAUCAGUCUGCCUGAAUUUAAAAUUGAUAGAGCCAGUGAAUGCCGCAAGAAAUAUGCAUUCAAAGCCUGCCAUCCGAAAAUCAAAAGCUUUUAUUUUGCUGCGGAACAUCUUGAUGACAUGAACAGGUGGCUUAAUAGAAUUAACAUGCUGACUGCAGGAUAUGCAGAGAGAGAGAGGAUUAAGCAAGAACAAGAUUACUGGAGUGAGAGUGACAAAGAGGAAGCAGAUACUCCAUCAACACCGAAACAAGACAGCCCUCCACCCCCCUAUGAUACAUACCCACGGCCUCCCUCUAUGAGUUGUGCCAGUCCUUAUGUGGAAGCAAAACACAGCCGGCUUUCCUCCACCGAGACCUCUCAGUCUCAGUCUUCACAUGAGGAAUUUCGCCAGGAAGUUACUGGGAGCAGUGCCGUGUCCCCCAUCCACAAGACAGCCAGUCAGCGCCGCUCCUGGCAGGAUUUAAUCGAGACACCGCUAACAAGUUCAGGCUUACACUAUCUUCAGACUCUGCCUCUGGAAGAUUCUGUCUUCUCUGACUCGGCAGCCAUCUCCCCUGAGCACAGGCGGCAGUCUACUCUUCCGACUCAGAAGUGCCACCUCCAGGAUCAUUAUGGCCCAUACCCUUUAGCUGAGAGUGAGAGGCUGCAAGUGUUGAAUGGCAAUGGGUGCAAGCCCCGAAGUUUUACUCUGCCUCGAGACAGCGGGUUCAACCACUGCUGUCUGAAUGCACCAGUUAGUGCCUGUGACCCACAAGAUGACAUACAGCCACCAGAGGUGGAGGAAGAGGAGGAAGAGGAAGGGGAGGCAGCAGGAGAAAACAUAGGCGAGAAAAUCCCACCUCAUCUCGCAGGUGAAAGUCGGGAAGAAAAAUUAGGAGACUCCCUGCAAGAUUUGUACAGGGCACUGGAGGAAGCCAGUCUGUCACCAAUAGGAGAACAUCGCAUUUCAACCAAAAUGGAAUACAAGCUAUCCUUUAUCAAAAGGUGUAAUGAUCCUGUGAUGAAUGAAAAACUGCACAGGCUGAGAAUUCUUAAAAGCACUUUAAAGGCCAGAGAAGGAGAAGUAGCCAUUAUUGAUAAAGUCCUAGACAAUCCAGACUUGACAUCUAAAGAAUUCCAACAGUGGAAGCAGAUGUACCUCGACCUUUUCUUGGAUAUCUGUCAAAACACCACCUCAAAUGAUCCUCUAAGUAUUUCUUCUGAAGUAGAUGUUAUCACUUCCUCUCUAACACAUACUCAUUCAUACAUUGAGACACAUGUGUAAGUGCAUUCUGACUUGAGGCCAUUUAGUACCUGCUGGUACUCUGAACAAGUACAUGAGGUAGUUUUUUUAUUAAUGUGUUGAACACUUGACAAGCUAUACUUUAAUGUUACCAAACUAUAUGAAACAAAGCAUACAUGGUCACAUUAACACUGUCUUUAAUGAGCAUUUGUAUGUUUUAUAUGCUGUCAGUGCUCAGCUUAUGUUUACCAUGUGCAAAAUCAACUAUCUUUAAUGACUUAAAUUAACUUUUACAAACAAUUCUAAAUACAGGUGAUCUUCAAAUAGACAAACUCCAAAAAGGCAGUUUUCUAUCUGAAGUCAUCUUUUCUCCCUUUAAGUUAAUUUUCUAUAAAUGAUACUUCAAACGUAAAUCACAAUUUUUUCAGGUGCGGACAUCCUUGUGGGUGGGAAAGAAUUUAAACCUUUUUAUAUUUAUUAAAAUGUUCUAAGAAUUUUCUUAAACAUUGCACAAAGUUUAAUGCUGUAGUUUUAUUUUUGUGAAAUGUAGGUGCGUAUGAAAGAGUUAAGCAAACUAGAGCAUCAACAUAAGAAAAGUUCAGGUAGCUAAUAUCCGUCUUAAUAGUCUAUUAACUUGUGCUGACUGGUUAAUGGAGGUACUCUUCCAAAUCUAUGAGAACACUGCAUGGUGUAUCAGGGCAAAGCUUUGUAAGAUGUUUUUGUAACUAAGACCAAAAUUGAAGAUAGAGCUGCUUUAUUUUCUUGGUUUAAAUCUUCCUUUAUUUUUGUAGUGAUGAAAUGCUGAUUGUGUACAGAAGAAUUUAAGAAUGGAUUUUUUUAAAACAGACUUAACUCACCCAGAAAGGCAGCUAACAGCUAUACAUACAUACAUACAUACAUCUCUCUCUAUAUAUAUAUACAUAAUUUCAGCCCAAACUCAUGGUUUUUGAACUCUUAACUCUUAAAAGACAAGGUAUACACUGAAAUGAGUCAAUUUUCCAGGCAGUUUCCAAUUUUCCUUGGUCUGUUAACUAAACUCCUGUAAUUAUACAUCAGGCAGGGAAGUAAAAUACAUUUAGUCAUCACAGAUAGAAGUUAUAAUAGAGAAAACAAUGAUGACAAAUGUUAAUAGACUUCUCUGCUAAGGAACAGAGAAUGGCAGUCAUUCAGGGAGUCAUUACUUUGAGUGACCUGAGAUUAAGCACUUAGAGGUUUUUCCUAGAGUCCUGAACUGUUUAUAGAGUGGAUGGAGUCUAUGAAAAGUCCUCUUCAUAUAUUGCCAUUUCUAUGUGUCUAGUUUUGGAAAGUGACCACAGCAUGAAAGUGACUUGCUGCUUUUUAGUGUGUGGCUGCAUAAUGUACAAGUCACAAUUUGCUGUUUUUCCAGGAGGAAGAGACCCUCCUUUACUAUUCUAUAUCCUAAAAUCUAUUUCUGAUCAGCUUUAUCCUGUUGCCUGUACAGCUCAGUGAAUGUACUUAUAUCUCUAAGAGUUCAGAUAUAUGCCAGUGAAUAUUUUUGCUGUAGAGAAGAAAGUAAAACCUACACAGUGGGGUCUUUUUCUUUGCUUUUGAAAUCACAUUAAAUCACUAUCGUUUUGCAGACUUUGCACAACUGUACAGGAGAGUGGCCUUUCUACAGCACAUUUUCAGUAAUCCUAUAUUUAGUCAAAUGGAUGAGAAACCACACAUUAAUGUUUGUAUGGAAUUUUGGGUCCAGUGUAAUAUUUUUAUCAUUGAAAAAAAAAACCCUAUUUGUAAAAACAUUUAUUUACUGCAUGGUUAUUGACACACAUUAAAUUUGUGGGAUUUUGUGUAUGUAAAAGAGAGAAAGAGAGAGAAAAAAACAAACAAAAAAAACCCUUGUCAUAAAAUGAAGUGUGCUUGUUACAGUUUAGGCAUAUUGAUGUUUACUAGACCAAUGUGUAUCUUCACUUAAAAAGAUCUGUAAAUGAUGGAUGUGUCACGUAUACAGUGGACAAACAGCCUGCAAACAGCAAGCAGUUGGUGGGGAAACUAGCUCUGUUGCUAGUAAGCAGCUUCUACUUUUGUAAAGUCAGCUGUUACUUGAUUGGUAAAAAUUAAACUAAUGAAUUUCACAAGACUCGUGACUAGCCUAGCAUGAAAGAGACCUUUUAACACUAUAUAUCUGUACAUUUUAUUGCAUUAGUUUCCAAUCUAGGAGAGAGGCAGCACUGUAACCUGAAGUCAAAUCAGUCCAGCUCUUACUGAACCCUUAUAAAGCCCUACUUUCUUCAUGCAGAGGGCUUACCACAUUUCUCUGUGAUCUAAUCACACAGCCACCCUCACUACCACCACCCCACUUACAAGUUCUCACUUUGCCACCUCACUGAUAGCACAAGCCAGAAGUAACACCUGUUCAGAGCUUACCAAGGUCUCCUGUGAGACCUUGAAAACUCAAGCUAAGCUGCCUUCCCACUGACCUGACCUAACCAUGUAGACUUCACCUACUCGUUCCUUUUCUGUGAGCCUUUGGGCGAUGGAGGGAGCAAACCACUAAAAAUAAGUUCAUUUUCUUUUGACAAAUGUAGCAUUUUGUGGUUAGGGUUUGCUGAAGUAUGUCUAAACUAUAAAGCUGCCUCUAGCCAGUGUGAAAGCAGAUGGGUAAGGAACAGAAGAAAAAAUUCAAAAUUAACCAAGAAUAAUUUCUCACAGAAAUGCUUUUUCCAAGAUUUUUUUCCUUCUCAGUUCCGUUUCGAUAUGAAACUGUUAGAACAGAUCUAUAACCGUGGCCCUGCACUAUAAAAAUAAUUCUCCUCCGUACAACUGUUCCACACCAUUUAAGCAAGGCUCUCAUGCACGCGUGUGUGCACACACGCACGCGCGCGCGCGCGCGCGCGCGCACGCACACACACACACACACACACACACACACACACAGACUCACACACACACUCACUCACUCACUCACAAUUUCAUCAGGUAAUACUGUCUUGUGGGACUAUUAGAGCUGUUAUAGCCAACAAUUUUCUGUGAUUUGUGUGUAACUAAUCGUACUUUUUUAGAGGGAAGUCAUGAAAGUAAUUACAGGCACCUGGAAAACACUUUAGGGAGGGAAAUAAGGUCCUAUUUUACUUCCAAAUUCCUCCUCUAGCACAGGGUGAGUCUCUCUUUCUGAAAAGUCUGUAAUUAACUAAAGCUGUUUCAUAUCACUGCAUUUGACCAUUCCUGACUGCCAUUUGGUUAAAGGGGAAUAGUUAUUCUUUGGCCAAAGUCAUGUUUGCCUCCUUACCCUUCAGAAUUGGUCUAUCAGAGUCCCAGUCUUGGUGGGGGUGGGUCUUAGCUCUGCAGGCAAGGUCAAGAACAACUUUCUCUUGGCUCAGUCUUGGUGGGGGUGGGUCUUAGCUCUGCAGGCAAGGUCAAGAACAACUUUCUCUUGGCUCCUCUGAAGACAUAUCUCACCUGUUCAACUCAACACUAAAUCUAGUACCUCCCCAGGCUCUCCCUCCCUUUUCUCCUCCCCACCCUCUGCCAGCUGCAGCACUGCGCACCGAAGGCCACUCCACGCCCAGGGCAGCACACAGCCUAUGUCCUCCCAACGGUCCAGGUCAAGGUCAUAGCCCACUACGUUACAGGUUGGCACCUGGCGUGAAUCCCGCCACUUGAGACCACCCAGCAGCAGCACUGUCUCUUCUACCACAGCAAGUCCAUAGCAGAAUCGGUCGUAAGGUAGUGACCGCAACCGAGUCCACUGGUCUGUGCUGGGGUCGUAGCGUUCGAUCUCAGAGAAGGGCUCAUAUCUUCCUAAAAAGGCAAACACUGCGCCUCGCAGCACCGCAAGGUAAUGCCCAUAGCGAGCUGUGCCCAUGGGUGCCCUCUUACUCCAUGCCCUCUCUCCAGGGCUGAGGGAGUACAUAUCCCGGAGGCUGCUUGUGCCUCCUUCUCCUCUCCCUGUCUUGCCCCCGGAGAUGUACACAACACCGUGGUCCCCAACGGCCCCCGCGUGACCGUGCAGUGCCCGAGGCAGCUCCCCAGCUGCCACCCAGCGGUCCCUGCGCAGGUCGUACAUCUCCACUGAGGCCAGUGCCUCGCCACAGGAGCCCAGGCCCCCAACGGCCAGGAGACUGUCGCCUACCACGCCACACCAGAAGUAGGCCCGCGCUUCUCGCAUGGCGGGCACCUCUGUCCAAGUGUGGAAGCGCGGGUCAUAACGGUGCACUAAGGCCGUGACCGACCUUGGGCCGUCCACCAGGGAGCUAGAUGGACUGCCAGAAAGGCUCUCCCCUCCGAGGACAAAUAGGAAGUUGCCCAUGGUACAUACACUGUGGCCUAGCAGUGGUGCGGGCAGCCGUGUCAGGUUGUGCCAGCUGUGGUUGUACACGUCGAAGGACACCACAUCCUGGGUGAGCUCCCACUCUUUCUCCUCCAUCUCUCCUUCCUCCUCUUCCUCCGGUUCAGGUUCAGGGACAGGGCGCCGAUUCCUAACUACCUCUGGUAGGACCACAAUUUCCUCAGUAACAAUCUCCCUAGCUCUGAGACCACCAACCAGCAAGAUGCGGGUCUGGGGACUCCGAACACUAGUCUGUUCUACCUGCAGGAGCGGCUGGCGGGAAGGUGUUGUAUGGUAAUUGAGGGCCUGAAUGAUGAGGUCCUUGAUCCUGGUAGGUAAAGUAAGCCCGGAUCCUGAGUACACGCGCCUCAGUACACCUGUGGGCACCAAGCCAAAGCGGAUACAUCCAAGCAGUGUUGAACUGUGAGCCAGGCGCUGUGUUGCGGGCUCCUGCCUCAGCCAGGCUAGUGCCAGGCCCAGCAGCCGCGUCUCAGCCACCCGUGCCAUGUCGGCGGCACUCAACACAACCUUCAUUGAUAGAGGGUUAAGUUCCAGUAGCCCCGAAGGGCCAGCGCCCAUCAGUAGCAGCUCCCGCAGGUGACGCACGAUGCAGCGCUCCGCUGCACCCAGGGUGCGAGCCAGGCCAAAGCGAGCAGCCACAUUGGCAGUGAAGCAGCAAUUCUCUGGGGCAAGCUGACGUUCCAGGUAGUGGCUACACAGCCCCAAGGCCUCUGUGACUUGCAAGUAGCUGGCGGCCUCCAGGGUGUCCUCCACAGUGUCCAUGGAGAGGGGCAGCCAGGCGGUGUAGAUGAAGUCCAGCAGGCGCUGCAGGCCAGUAGCAGAAGGCACAUGCAGGUGAAUUACAUGAGCCCGCGAUUCCUGAGUGUGACUCUUGAACAGGGCCCUGAAGUAGUCGCUGGAGCAUGCCAGAAGUGACCUGUGUGCUGGAAACUCACUGCCCUCGGCCUCCAGUGUCACGUCGCACAAGAAGCCCUCAGCACGUAGGGCCUGGUAGCCUGUGAGAAGAGAGCUGCCGUGCGCUUUGCAGUAAGACAGGAAGUAACUCAUGAUGCCCAAGGCGGGAAGCUGAAAUGGAGCCAGCCAGGCGGGGCUGGAGACAUCCCGUGGCACCGACUCCCACCUCCGCUGUCCAGCUGCAGAGCCCCCAGCAAAGGCCGACGUUUGCCUGCUCAGCUUAAAACCUAGGAUUCCUUCAUCCAGAUCUGGCAGUUGUUCCGUGCCUGUCUCAGACAAAUGCUCUAGAGACAAUUUCCAGAAGUCUCUAAUAGCAGAAGGUGUGGAUUUCCGAGUCUUCUCGGUCUUACCAGGCUUGGCUUCAGCUGCUGCUGAGCAUGGCAGCGCGUUGCCCAAAGCCUCUUCCCUUCCACAAUUUGGGAAGCCCACACUUGCACGCCACGGAGGGCGGUGGCCUGCACCAUCACCCGAAGAGGUCAAUCUGACAGUGCACCAGCGAGGGUGCUGGAUCUCCAACAGGACAGAUGAGUGGAUGUGGCCCUAUUGUGGGUGCUCCGGGAGUGCAGGAUGGUGGUUCUGAAUUCCCGGCCAUGGAGCAGAAGGACCUGUUCUGUGGACACCCGCGCAGUCCGAAGACAACUGGCUAGGGGGCUGGGUGUGAGCUUGUUCUGAGAGGAGGAUCAAAUCAAAGCCUGUGGCAUUGGGGGGAGCGCAGGUCAGUCAGCGUAGAAGGUUGGAAGCGUGAUUGGGCGCGCUGCACAUAACAUGCCGGUAGCUCACAGUGACAGGAAUAGUGCUCGCCUUGGCUCACUGGCGCGCAGCGACCCGACCCGCCCUGCGCCCCAGCUGCUGGCUGCGAGUCGCCCAGGGGCCCGGCAGGAAGCUUCCUGAGCCAGGGCACUGACUUCUGUGACCCGACUGGCCUCCAGUGACCGCGGGGGGGCCAGAGGGUCCCCUCGAACACUGAGCAGGGUGACGUGGGGGGAGCUCACAAAGGACCUGAGAGUCCCUAGGGACUCUCGGCCUGGUGAUGCGUUGGGAGGUGUGUCUGGCUGAGCAGGACCAGAGAGCCCCUAUGCCAGAGAAAGAAGCCCCAGGCUCAACUUUCGGCUUUGAAUAUGUCCUAAUUAGUCAGGAGCAAACGGGAUUAAGUGGCGAUUUUGUGCACUGACACCUAAGAGGAGGCCUCAGCUCAGAGAAGACUCGAGCAAGAGCUAAGAGGGAACCCAGGCUCUGGGCCAGAUUCGCAUGCCCCUCACCUGCACUCACCGAUGUGAGAUUCAGGGGCAUGUGCCUUUCCUAAUGCAGGCGGAGUCUCCCAAGCUGCCUUGUUUCACAUUCCACAGAAUUUGCUCCCCCACUCCCCCACCCUCCACCUUCUGACCCCAGAGGAGAUCUCUUUGGUAUUCUUGUGGAUCCUAUCUCUUUGCAACACGGAGAAAGAAGUUGUAACUAACUUGAGCUGUCUAUUUUUGAGUGGCAACGCCUCAAAAAGAAAAAAAAAAAUCCUUAUAGUUUUCUCUGAUUUUCCAGGCUGUGAUGUAACACCUAGCUGCUGCAUCCUCAAUGCCAUGACAAGAUAAUGGGCAAAUAGUCGCAAAAUUCAGGAGAGCUGUGGUUUCUAGGGCCCCUACACAAAACGUUAUUUUUAUAAGAAACACCCAACGCAGAAAUGGUGACAGAGCCCCCUGUCCAUCGCCUGCAUCCUGCUCUUAUUUUAUGAACUCAUUAAGUGCUCUUUCUUGCCAGUUUGGAGGCUUCUGUUUCAUUUUGCUUUCAGCUACAGUUCCUUUUCCAGGCUUUCAAAAGCAGCAGCACCCCCCCCCCCGCCGCCGCCGCCGCCCCCAGCAGUCUGUUCUAGCUGAGUCUUUCAGAGUUGUAUUUCAUAGAAGAAAAAAGUCCUAGGAAGGAUAAAACUCUGUCAUUUCCUACUUGGCCAGCCAUCAGUUCUUAUAAGGUCUCUGAUUACAUGCAAUUAUUUGAUUUCAUAAAAAAAAAAAUUAGUAAAAAUUCUGCAGGGCUGCAGAGAUAGCUCAGCACUUAAGAGCACUUGCUGCCCUUGCUCAUGUCCUGGGUCCAGUUCCCAGAACCCACAUGGUGGCUCCCAUCCAUUUGUAAGUCCAGUUCCAAAGAAUCCAACAACCUCUUCUGGCCUCUGUGCAAGCACACAAGUUGUACAAAGACAUACAUGCAGGCAAAAACACUCGGACAUCUCAAAUAAAGACAAAUCUUUUAGAAAGUGAUUCUGCUGCCAAAGAUAGAAUUGAGUUAUAACUUAAAGUGCCAAAUUAUAGAGUGUAGGUAGGGGCUGGAGUUGUACUCCUAUAACUCUAAAAAAAAAAAAGGUUCCAACAGAAAUUCCUGCCAUUACAGGUACAAUAGAUUCAGGGAGAGUGUUGUUCUUGUGGAGAUGGAAGACACUAUUAAAAUGAUUGGUUCAAAAAGGAAACAUAAACUUGGUGUGGUGUCACAUGCCCUUAGUCUCAGCACUCAGGAGGCAGAGGCAGGGGGAUCCGUAAGUUUGAGGCCAGCCUGGUCUACAGAGCAAGUUCCAGGCCAGCCAAUGGUGCACAGUGCGACCCUGUCUCAAAAAAAAAAAAUUUAAGUGAAAUAUGACUAUGAAUCAUUUUACACAAUUCUCCAUUUUAAAUAUAAAUGUCCUUCACUGAACCCAAUUAAAUUUUGCUAGAAGGAAUUUGGGGGAUAAUUAAGCCAAACCUUGGCCCUUUCCUCCAAAAUCACAUUUUUCCUUUUAUACAAAUAUGCCAAACAAGCUCCAGACAGAGUAUGGUUUAUCUGAAUGCCUUGAAUAUUGAGUUAGAGAGUUUGGCCAAGAAUCCAGGGUUCUUUUCCUAUUAUAUAUUAUGUAACCUUAUAUAUGAUAAAAAUCAAAUCAUGCAACACACUUUACUUAAAAGGUGAUACAGUACAUUUACCAUUUUACUAACUUAAGAUUUGAGUGUGGUUUUUUGAACAGCACAUUGUUCACACCUGUAUUAACUCACAUCCAUCAGAACUGCUCAUCACUGUGCAUUUGUAUUCAAGAUGUCACAUUACAAAGUAAAGAUGACUGUGGAAAGAUCUGAAACUCUUACCAUCAAAAUAAUGUAUUUACUGCUGGCCCAACCUAACAUGUUUUGCCAGUGAAGAGGUGAUGAUGUGUGUUAACUGAAGACAUUUUUACAUUAUGUGUGCUUGUAAGACCUUGUUUAGAAAAUGUGUAACUGUCAACCCAAGAAAAUCAUUGUCAUUUGAGUAAUGGUUAUAUAGUGUUAGUAUUUUUAUUUCUGUGCAAUAUUAAGUAAAAUUAAAUAAAAAAUUUAGUCUCAUUGUGUUUAAA